UCAUUGGUUCCCGCAGCAGGGACUCCGGCAGCUUUUAGAGCUUAAAGCGCGGAUCCGUUUUUUGUCUUUUAACCUACCGCUUCCCUUCUUUUGGUUCCCGGAGCUGCCAGCCCGAAGUGAACCGGACCGAGCUAAGCCGGGUAUCAUGACGACCCUGGAUGAUAAGUUGUUGGGUGAGAAGCUGCAGUACUUCUAUAGCAGCAGUGAGGAUGAAGACAGCGACCCAGAGGACAAAGACAGGGGCAGGGGUGCCCUGGCUGGCAGUUCGAUCCCUGCAGAGCCUGAUCCGGUAGGCGAAGGCAUCUCAGUUAACACAGGUCCAAAAGGUGUGAUCAAUGACUGGCGCCGUUUCAAGCAGCUGGAGACAGAGCAAAGGGAGGAGCAGUGCCGGGAGAUGGAAAGGCUGAUCAAGAAGCUGGCAAUGACUUGCAGGUCCCCUCUGGAUGAGGAGGAGGAGCAGCAGAAACAGAAGGACCUUCAAGAGAAGAUCAGUGGGAAGAUGACUCUUAAGGAGUUUGCGCUGAUGAAUGAAGACCGAGAUGACGAAGAGUUUCUGCAGCAGUACCGGAAGCAGAGAAUGGAAGAGAUGCGGCAGCAGCUUCAUAAGGGCCCCCAAUUCAAGCAGGUUUUUGAGAUCCCCAGUGGAGAAGGGUUUUUAGACAUGAUUGAUAAAGAGCAGAAAAGCACCCUCAUCAUGGUCCAUAUAUAUGAGGAGGGCAUUCCAGGGACUGAAGCCAUGAAUGGUUGCAUGAUCUGCCUCGCCACAGAGUACCCAGCCGUCAAAUUCUGCCGGGUGAAGAGUUCAGUUAUUGGGGCCAGCACUCAGUUCACCAGGAAUGCCCUUCCUGCCCUGCUGAUCUACAAGGGGGGUGAAUUGAUUGGCAAUUUUGUUCGUGUCAUUGACCAGCUGGGAGAAGAUUUCUUUGCUGUGGACCUGGAAGCUUUUCUACAGGAAUUUGGAUUACUCCCAGAAAAGGAAGUCUUGGUGCUGACAUCUGUAUGUAACUCUGCCGUCUGUCACAGUGAGGAUAGCGAUCUGGAAAUAGACUGACAGUCUAGUUGCAGGUUUCUCAUUGUUUGCGCUAGAAGACACAUGUCCAUGUGUCUAGUUUUGUUUCUUCCUGUGUCUUCUGUCUGUUCAGCUGUUCUUUGUAGUCCCUUUUAUUAAGUGUAAAGUCAAGAAAUUCUGAGCUUAAAUCAGAAUGCUGAGUCACCUUGUAGCUAGCAGUAAAGUGACUUAGAGUUGUGUAAACAGGAAGCCAGGCUUUUGAACUGUUUACUUAAGAUUCUCUAGCAUGACAUAUCUGUUAUUGUUUCCAGUCACUAUUUACAUAGCAUCCUUAAGACAGUGUCCUAGAAAUUGUGUUCGGGUAAUCUGGCUUGAUCUUAAAAUCAGAGCUGGGGUGGAGCUGGGGUGGAGCUGGAACGCUCAAAGGAGGAUUUUUCAGUAAGAUACUCCUGGUUAUCUCUUUCUCUAUCUUUUUAUUUAAUAAGGUAACUUUUUAGUUUUAAGGUAGAUUGUUAAAACAAUUUUUUUGGCAUAUUGGAAGAGUUAUUCAUGUUCAUUAGAGGAAAAUUUACCAAAAUACAGAAGCAAAAUUAAGAAAAUUUAGAGUAAUUUCUAAUUUUGCCACCUAAACUAAAUACUAUUAAUAUUUUGGUAUAUUUCCUUCUAAGGUGUUUUCCGUGUAUACAUAGACAGUUUUUUUUUUUAAACAAAACAAUGGGAACAUUCUGGACAUACUGUUUUAUAGUGUGUUCAACUAAUAUAAACUUUUUUUUCAUGUUAUUAAAUACUUUUCUGAAACAUUAGGCUAUUGAUAUUCUAUUAUGUACUGUAAUUUAGAGGUUAUCUCUUAAAAACAGCAAAGGCUUUUUUUAUUACAAAAUUAAUAGAUGUUCAUUACAGAAAAUGUAAUAAAAUUGUUAAGCUAAAAGGAGCUGAUAAAAGCCUUAUAAUUCCACCAACCAAAAAUAAUACCUUUUACCUUUUUACAGGUGUCUUUCUGAUAUUUUUUUUCUGGGUGUUUAUAAUAAUGAUUUUCAUUUUAGUCUUGUUUAUUAUUUUAAAAAUGUACAUUGUGGAGUUAGGGAAAAUGUAGUCUGGAAUUGAAUAAUUAGCUUUAAAAUUCACAGUUCCAGUUAUCGUGGCUAUUCAGGAACUGACUAAUUAGUAAAGUUCUGCAGAGGAAUUGUGAAAAUAUCUGUUGUAGUUAAACAAAAAGAAAUACUUGGUUUUUCUGAUUUAAAAGCAUUAUGUGCUUAUAGAAAGUGUAGAAAAUACAUUAAUUAUUAGAAACAUAAUAUUGUGAGUGUUCUGGUUUUUUCCUUUUGGUCUUUUAUCAAUGUUUUUAAUAAUAUUGAGAGCUUACUAAAUUUAGUUCUGUGUUCUGCUUUAUUUAACAUUAUAUUGGAAAUAUUUUGUUAUGUUAUAAAAAUUCUAAAUAAAUCAUAUUCAAUGGCUUCAUAAUAUUCCAUCAUUUGGAAAUAUCGUAUUUUAUUUAACCAGUCCCUUAAUGUAGAAUAUUUAAGUUUUCAUUUUUUUGUUAAAAGAUGUAAUGAACAUCUUUGUAUUUUGGGCCGUAUUUUGGAUCUUUCUUAUAGGAUAGAUUUCUAGAAGAGGAAUUAUUGGACAAAUGAAGCACUUAAAAAUAGUGUUUAAAAACAAUCUUUUGUUCUCAGUGAAAAUGAAAAUAAAUUAUGCACACAAACACAAAAA